AACUAACAACAACAAAUCUAUUGUAAAUUAUGAACAGUACAUAUUUGGCGAUUGUGUAUACGGGUCCCAAGACGCAAUAAGUACCUUACUGGGUUACGCUUCUAUGUUAUUCUGGUUGAAUGCCCAGUUACCGCAAGUCAUUACAAAUUACAAAGCGGGUUCAACCGAAGGCUUAAGCCUGAAUUUCUUAGCGAUAUGGCUAGCAGGCGACUCUACUAAUCUGGUUGGCUCUCUUUUAACACACCAACUACCCUUUCAAAUAUAUCUUGGAACUUACUUUGUGUUUAUCGAUCUAUGUUUAUUGGCACAAUGGAUGUAUUAUAAAAACAAGAACAAACAAGACGAGUAUGUCAUUAUACCCUCAUCCACAUCAACUACAGUGGUAGCAGUAGAUGAUUAUUACAGUUAUACCGAUAGCUUCAACAACCGCAGCUCAUUAUUAUCAUUACAGCACCCAGCAUAUAGGAAUAUACCCGUUCACCAUUACCAUUAUGUUCCCUCUCCCAAUAAUACAGCAAGCACUGUGAACUAUACGGCCACAGAAUCAACCCCCUUUUCAUCUUCCGCUUCACCCUCCAAGUGGUAUACAUUAUCGAUCACACCAGCCAAUAUCACCAAAGAGGAUACGAAGGAUAGCGAUCUUGACAGCACGAAUAACAGUAUCAAAACAACGGCUACUGUUCAUAACCACUCUAAUGCUACCAAAUUGCUAUCCAUAUUGUUCUUUUCAUCAUUCUAUUUUAUUCCCCAGUCAAAUAUCAUUACAACAACCACCGAUACUGUUAUUAGCAGCAGCAGCAGUCAUAGUCUAUCUAUUACAUCAGCAGUAGAUCAAGACACCAUACUUUGGAUCGGUCGGGUGAUUGCCUGGACUUGCACUUGCUUGUACCUGACGUCCCGAAUACCCCAACUGUUGAAAAAUUACUACAGACAAUCCGUCGAAGGUCUGUCUAUUUCUCUAUUUAUUUUCGCAGCUUUAGGCAACCUAACGUAUGCCUCCAGUAUUCUAUUACAUCCUCAACAAACCACAGCUAUCUUAUUAGAAGCUCUACCUUUUCUGAUUGGUAGUGUUGGUACACUUAUAUUUGAUCUCUCCAUCUUUUGCCAAUUUAUAUGGUAUAUCCUACAAAAGAAAAAGAGAGAAAGUCAUAGACUUAGAAAUAAACAAAUCAAUGAAAAUGCUGUUUAGAAUCUAUGCUUUUUUUACUCUAUUAUGUUCCAACACGACACCUCAUUCUUUGCGGAAAAACCUUGGUCCUUACUUCUUCCCUGCUUUGACUCUGAAAUAAUAAAGUUUUCUAAUAUUAGACUUGUAUGAUUUUGAUCUAGACAAAGGGAUAUAUCAUAGGGGUUCAUUGAUUUUAUUCAGAUUUUAUAGUCUAAAUAAACAA